GUGACCUACCAGGGGUGACCCGCAGGAUGACCAAAUACAUGGAGAAACAUCCAAAUUGGAAAGGCUUAGUAGAAGAAGAGCCCUCUGAGGAACAACUUCGUGAUGUCCUUGCUUCUUUUGAUCUCUUCCUGUAUUGUGGGCACGGGUCGGGGACGAAAUUCCUUCCGUCCAUCGAGGUGCAGCGAAUGGAAUGCCGUGCCCUCGCUCUUCUCUUCGGUUGCUCCAGCGGGAAACUCGUGCAGUACGGGAAGAAGGUGGAACCUCAUGGCGUUGCCUAUUCCUACUUGCUGGCUGGCAGUCCUGGUGUGCUGGGAGCUCUGUGUGUGGUGACCGACGUAGACACAGAUUUGAUCACGCAAGCUUUCCUGGACACGUGGCUUUCCGGAAACGUUGAUCUCCUCUCGUCUCUCGUCAAGGCACGCAAGGUUGCUAAGUCGCCUUUUAAUGCCGCCGCGUGCAUCUUUUAUGGCCUCCCUUCCAUUUCCUUGCUUUCCUAGGUCAUACUAUCAUGGCUUUAACUUAUUCCUUCCAGAAUACAAUAACUAAUAAAGUUUUCUUUGGCUCCC